AUGUUGAGAUCAGCUAGACUCUUCCAGAAUAUCCCAUCGUCGACUUUGUCGCCAUUGUACGGUGGUUACAUGCCACGAUCUGCCAUGGUGCCAGUGACAGUGCGCACUGCUGGCAAUGCUGGUGUUCCAGGCUCCCGCAUGGCAUCGUCGGCUGCCGCCCCAGCCACUGGCAAGAUCCCCGACCCACAGGGCGCCAUCCAGCAGAGCAAGAUCUAUCACUACAGCUCCAUCGGACUCGUUGCUUUGCUCCCCGUGUCCCUUUUGCUGCCCACCUCCGAGAUCACCCUUAUCACCGACUGUGCUCUCGGUCUGAUCAUCCCAGCUCACUUCUACAUUGGCAUGAACUCUGUCAUCAAUGACUACGUCUACUCCAAGGUUCCACUGUUCUUGUCAAAGGCACUGAUCAUUGGAUGCUCAGGUGUUAUCUUGGCUGGUAUUGUAUUGAUUGCUAAGAAGACUGGUCUGGGUGCAGCAGUCCGCACUCUCUGGGUCAAGUAA